UUUCUCUCUCUUCUUCACCGCGUUCGAAUUCUCUCUCUCCUCUCUCUCUCUCUCUAGGGUUUUGAUCCCACGAAGCCUCUCCAUUCUCGCAUCCCGAUCCCGGGAGGGGCGAUUCUAGGGUUUCCGCCGUUGAUCACGGAUCCGUUGCGUGGUUUCUGAGGGUUUUGAUCGGGGGAGGUUUGGGGUUGGGGGUAGGGAUUUGAUGAGGUUCGACGGGGAGAUCCCGCUCUGGGAUGAGGAGGAGGAGGAGGAGGAGAACGAGAGGGUCUCGGCCAUGGCGUGCCCCACGCCGCCCCAGAAGCUCGUCGUGGGCUACGCCCUCACGUCGAAGAAGGUGAAGAGCUUCUUGCAGCCGACGCUCGAAUCCCUCGCUAGGAAGAAGGGCAUUUGUUUCGUUGCAAUCGACCAAGGCCUUCCUCUUUCAAAACAAGGUCCUUUUGACAUCAUUCUGCACAAGUUAACGGGAAAAGAUUGGCAACAGAUUCUAGAGGAUUAUCAAGAAGAUCAUCCAGAAGUGACCAUCCUUGACCCACCCGAUGCUAUACGACAUUUACACAAUCGCCAAUCGAUGCUUCAGGAUGUAGCUGACUUAGACUUAGCAGAUUGGAAUGGUAAAGUUGACAUUCCUAGGCAACUAGUUAUUACCAAAGAUCCAUCUUCAAUACCAGCUGCAGUCACAGAGGCUGGACUAACACUACCUUUAGUAGCCAAGCCAUUAUUGGUUGAUGGAAGCGAAAAGUGCCAUGAAUUAGCUCUCGCUUACGAUCAGUUUUCCUUGUCAAAGCUCGAGCCACCUUUGGUUCUCCAGGAAUUUGUGAAUCAUGGGGGUGUUCUAUUUAAGGUGUAUAUUGUUGGGGAAAGUGUUAGGGUUGUGCGCCGUUUUUCCCUUCCUGAUGUUAAUAAGAGUGAAUUGUUGAAUAAUUCUGGUGUUUAUCGGUUUCCGAGGGUUUCUAGUGCUGCAGCUAGCGCAGAUGAUGCAGAUCUUGACACUAGUGUUGCUGAACUUCCUCCAAGGCCACUGCUCGAAAGUCUAGGCAAAGAACUUCGUCGACGGCUGGGACUUAGACUGUUCAAUAUAGAUAUGAUCAGAGAGCGCGGGACGAGAGACCGGUUCUAUGUCAUAGAUAUCAACUAUUUCCCUGGAUAUGGUAAAUUGCCAGGCUAUGAGCACGUAUUCACGGACUUUCUCCUAAGCCUAGUGCAGAGCAAGUACAAACGGCGCUUGGCGAACAGUUAAACACGACGCGUCAUACGACACAUAAAAUUCCCAAAGUACCCAGAAAUCCACCUCUGCACAUACUCCCAACAAGAAUUCCCAUGUACAUAGCGGGGAUAGUUCCGGUGGGUGCUUUAGUCGCUGCGAGCAUAACCUCCCUCCUCACCCUUUGAAUUCACU